AUGUUGUACUUUCUUGUGUUUGGUCAUCUUGUGAUUGUUUUGAAUGCGCUCACAUUCGGCAGCAAGAAUCGUGCAUUGCCAAAGCAUGGUCGCGUUGCGAUACUUCUACGAGGCCAAGCUUUUCGGCAACAAUGGAUGAAUCAUGUGGACGCUCGAAGUGGAUGCCACGAUGACAGCAUUCCUGCCCAGCUCAAGUGCACGGAUUCACUAUUGAAGCAUAUCGUGACUCCUCUGGAGAGAAAUUUCAACACGGUCGAGUUCUUUGUAGUAAAUGGGAUUGAUAAGAGCGCCUGCCCAAAUUUCCGAAAUUUGUUGAUGCCCAAGUUUGCCAAGUGGGGGGGGGCAGCUGCCAAGGAGUUCGACUCAAAAACUCAGGCAGAUAACAUGAGGGCGACGUUGGAGCUAUUCAAAGAUACCGUGGGCGGGUCCGAUUAUAUCGCGAAGUGGUACGACUUGAUUAUCAUUCUCCGGCACGACGCAGAGUGGUUGUCAUCCAUUACUGAGUGGCCAACUGCGGAGUUUGAUAAGUUGAAUUUGUUCAGCUUAUGUGAAGAUGGUUUCGGACGUCAUCAAGGUCCCAAAGAAAAUUGUGUGAACGACAUUCUGCAUAUGAUGCCCGGGUCUCUAUGGAAAGGGUUUCGGAAUGCAGUCGGAUCAAGAUUGUGCUACAAUCCGGGCCAUAGGCGUGGGCUCGGACAUGAUUGCUACCGAGCUUUUGCCAGGCAAGUCGGGGAGGACAACAUUACAUUUGUCACUGACUGGCGUCCAGGAGUUAUCCCGCACUUCGGUGGAAAUGGGAUUCUUGAGCUGAUGUGA